AUGGCUGAUCUAAUACAUUUUAAUGAUUCUUCAGCUGGGGUUGCGAACCGAUUUGCCCGAAAAGGUGCUCUGCGGCAGAAAAACGUGCAUGAAGUUAAGAAUCAUAAAUUUAUUGCCAGGUUUUUUAAGCAGCCGACAUUCUGUAGUCACUGCACAGACUUCAUCUGGGGUUUUGGGAAACAAGGAUUCCAAUGCCAAGUCUGCUGUUUUGUGGUCCACAAAAGGUGCCAUGAAUUUGUCUCAUUCUCCUGCCCUGGGGCAGACAAGGGGCCAGACACAGACGACCCAAGGAGUAAACACAAGUUUAAGAUCCACACAUAUGGCAGCCCCACCUUUUGUGACCACUGCGGUUCUCUGCUCUACGGACUCAUUCACCAAGGAAUGAAGUGUGACACCUGUGACAUGAAUGUGCACAAGCAGUGUGUGAUGAACGUGCCAAGUCUGUGUGGAACAGACCACACAGAGCGCAGAGGACGGCUCUUCCUCAAGAUUGAGGUCAACGGAGACAGACUCCAUGUGACAGUGGGUGAGGCCAGAAACCUCAUUCCUAUGGACCCCAAUGGACUGUCAGACCCAUAUGUCAAACUAAAACUCAUCCCCGACCCCAAGAACGAGACCAAGCAGAAGACCAGAACCAUCCGCUCCUCUCUAAACCCCACCUGGAAUGAGUCUUUCACGUUCAAACUAAAGGCGUCAGACAAAGACCGACGACUGUCGGUGGAGGUUUGGGACUGGGACCGGACCACCAGGAAUGACUUCAUGGGCUCAAUGUCGUUUGGUGUGUCCGAACUGAUCAAAGCACCCGUGUGUGGCUGGUAUAAGAUGUUAAACCAAGAGGAGGGUGAGUACUAUAAUGUACCCAUUCCAGACGUGGAUGACAUCAACCUGGAACUCCGACAGAAGUUUGAGGCCUGCCAACUUAAUAUCCACUUCCUCAAGAAAGCCAAGUUAGGCCCGGGGAAGAAAGUCAUUACUCCAUCAGACCACCGGCGUUUCAGCCUGCCCUCCAAUAACCUGGACAGGGUUCGACUCAGCGACUUCCACUUCCUGGCUCUGCUGGGCAAAGGCAGUUUCGGCAAGGUGAUGCUGGCAGAGAUGAAGUCCACUGAGGAGCUGUAUGCCAUAAAGAUCCUGAAGAAGGACGUGGUGAUCCAGGAUGAUGAUGUGGAGUGCACCAUGGUGGAGAAGAGAGUGUUGGCCCUAAGAGACAAACCCCCCUUCCUCACCCAGCUCCACUCCUGCUUCCAGACUGUGGACCGACUCUACUUUGUAAUGGAGUAUAUAAAUGGAGGAGAUCUCAUGUACCACAUUCAGCAAGUGGGAAAGUUUAAGGAGCCACAGGCUGUGUUUUACGCUGCAGAGAUUGCUGCUGGUUUGUUCUUCUUACACAGAAAAGGAAUCAUAUACAGAGAUCUGAAGCUGGAUAAUGUCAUGCUGGAUUCUGAAGGCCAUAUAAAGAUCGCAGACUUUGGCAUGUGCAAAGAGGGGAUGUACGAGGGCAUGACCACGCGCACCUUCUGUGGGACCCCAGAUUACAUAGCUCCUGAGAUCAUCGCUUACCAGCCAUAUGGCAAGUCUGUGGACUGGUGGGCGUAUGGCGUUCUCCUCUACGAGAUGUUGGCAGGUCAGCCUCCGUUUGAUGGUGAGGAUGAAGAUGAGCUUUUCCAGUCUAUAAUGGAACACAAUGUGUCGUAUCCUAAAUCCAUGUCCAAAGAAGCUGUGUCCAUCUGCAAGGGGCUGAUGACUAAGCACCCUUCUAAACGGUUGGGCUGUGGUCCAGAGGGUGAGAGGGACAUCAGAGAUCAAGCUUUCUUCCGUCGGAUCGACUGGGAGAGACUCCAGAACCGCGAGAUUCAGCCACCAUUCAAACCCAAAGUGUGCGGGAAAGGAGCGGAAAACUUCGAUAAGUUCUUCACACGUACGCAGCCCAUGUUAACGCCCCCAGACCAACUGGUUAUCGCCAACAUUGACCAGAGCGAAUUUGCCGGCUUCUCCUUCGUCAACCCUCAAUUCCUUCACCCCUCUCUACACAGCGUGGUAUGA